AGCGAAAGCAACCCGAGGAGUGGGGACUCGCCCUUAGCAGGGCUUCGACAAGGCUCAGUACACGCGCGUUCCUAUACAUGCCCGUCAGUCAAGUCAACACACACUUGUCUGGUGGCCGCUAGUCGGGCGGCUGUGUGACCGGUGAAGCGCUUGUGAACAACACGUAAACAAAAACAUUGUGCAAACUUCGUGAUACCUAUGAACUAGUUUUGGACUCACAUAUAUAAUAGGACAUUGUAGUGUUUAAAAGUGAUAAGUUGUGAUUAAAAUGGAUUUGUCUUGUGGGGAAAAUCUACAAAAUUCUGGACACAACAGCAAUAGUAGUGGAAGAAUGGAUAUGUGUGUAGCUGGACCUGACCGAGCUUUGGACCGGGAUCCUAGGCUGCUGCUGAACCUCCUAACCCUAGAAAGAGUCCAUGCUUUACACACAGAUUAUUUUCAACAUGUACAAAUUGAUAUACAACCUUUUAUGAGAAAAGUUGUCACUACUUGGAUGCUGGAGGUAUGCGAGGAGCAACAGUGCGAGGAGCAGGUGUAUCCUCUGGCCGUAAGCUACAUGGACAGGUUUCUGGCGCAGCGUGCGAUUUCGCGACAACAGCUGCAGUUGCUUGCAGUCACGGCGCUUCUUCUAGCGUCCAAGUUUCGUCAAUGUCAUCCACUUUCUGUAGAUCUGCUCUGCGCUUAUACUGACAACUCCGUAUUUCCACAUGAAGUCAGGCAAUGGGAAGUGAUGCUGCUCCAGCGACUGAACUGGCAGCUCUCAAUUGCGACAGCCUUCGAUUUUGUGGAGCCUCUUCUGGCGCGAGUGCCCUGGGGCCGCUCUAAUACUCUCGUACGAACACAUGCCCUCACACUCACUUCAGUUUGUUACACAGAAACGGAGUUCCUGUUGGUGCCUCCAUCGCUGAUCGCCGUGGCGUGUAUAACGGCAGCAGCAAGAGGGUUGCGUGUGCGCAUGACCAUAAACGAUCUAUGCACCCUCACGCGGACGCCCGCCGCGGCCGCUGAACUUGUAGCCCGGCACGUCGAGCGAGUGCUUGCCAGGGAAACACAACCGCAAGAACCUAGAGCCAGACACGUCCAACCCGUGAAACAAAGCACCCCAGAACAAACGCAGCUUCCGGACACUCCCACAGACGUUCAAGAUGUACGCUUUUAAUAUUUUCUAAUUAUACUAAGAAUAUAGUAAAAUUCUAAAUUACAUAUUCUCCGUCGGUGUUUUGUAUCAAGAGCGAUCAGGAUUCUAGAAUUUUAAAAUCAAUAUGAUCAGCUAUAUCGUCGUUGAAAGUCCGCGUAAGAAAUGAUAAUGGUCCAGAGUCGUUUGAAGAUGGCAGAUUUUGACGGCCGA